CAGCACUCAGGUGUGUAGUCAAAGGAGCCCACAGGCAUGGGUCUCGAGAUGUUUGAGGCUUUCAGUCCCUGGAACGUGUUACCUUGGCUGGUGGUCCUUGCGUGCUGCGAAGCAUCGUCUGGUGUGAAUACAUCCUCAAAUUCCUCUGCUCUGCAGACGCCUAAUGCUUGGUUUGCUGCUUCUAGUUCAGACCCAGAUGAAAGGAUAUCUGUUUUUGAACUGGACUAUGAUUAUGUGCAAAUUCCGUAUGAGGUCACUCUCUGGAUACUCCUGGCAUCUCUUGCAAAGAUUGGCUUCCAUCUUUACCACAGACUGCCACACCUGAUGCCGGAAAGCUGCCUCCUCAUCCUGGUGGGGGCGCUGGUGGGCAGCAUCAUCUUUGGAACCCACCACCAAUCUCCUCCCGUCAUGGAUUCGAGCAUCUAUUUCCUCUACCUCCUUCCGCCCAUCGUGCUGGAAAGCGGCUACUUCAUGCCCACCCGGCCCUUCUUCGAGAACAUUGGCUCCAUCCUGUGGUGGGGCGGCCUGGGGGCCCUGAUCAACGCCUUUGGCAUUGGCCUCUCGCUCUACUUCAUCUGCCAGAUCAAGGCCUUUGGCCUCAGCGACAUGCACCUGCUGCAGAACCUGCUCUUCGGCAGCCUGAUCUCGGCCGUGGACCCCGUGGCCGUGCUGGCCGUGUUCGAGGAGGCGCGCGUGAACGAGCAGCUGUACAUGAUGAUCUUCGGGGAGGCCCUGCUCAACGAUGGCAUCAGUGUGGUCUUAUACAAUAUUCUAAUUGCCUUCACCAAAAUGCAUAAAUUUGAAGACAUAGAGCCUGUUGACAUUUUGGCUGGAUGUGCCCGAUUCAUCAUCGUGGGCUGUGGGGGAGUGUUUUUUGGCAUCAUUUUUGGAUUUAUUUCUGCAUUUAUCACACGUUUCACUCAGAACAUCUCUGCAAUUGAGCCACUCAUCGUCUUCAUGUUCAGCUAUCUGUCUUACUUAGCAGCUGAAACACUCUAUCUCUCUGGCAUCCUGGCAAUUACAGCCUGUGCAGUGACCAUGAAAAAGUAUGUAGAAGAAAAUGUGUCACAGACAUCCUACACCACCAUCAAGUAUUUCAUGAAGAUGCUGAGCAGUGUCAGUGAGACCUUGAUCUUCAUCUUCAUGGGAGUGUCCACCAUUGGCAAGAACCACGAGUGGAACUGGGCCUUCAUCUGCUUCACUCUGGUCUUCUGCCAGAUCUGGCGAGCCAUCAGCGUAUUUGUUCUCUUCUAUGUCAGUAACCAGUUUCGGACUUUCCCCUUCUCCAUCAAGGAUCAGUUCAUAAUAUUCUACAGUGGUGUGAGAGGAGCUGGAAGUUUUUCACUUGCAUUUUUGCUUCCUCUGUCUCUUUUUCCUAGGAAGAAAUUGUUUGUCACUGCUACUUUAGUAGUUAUUUACUUUACUGUGUUUUUUCAGGGAAUUACAAUUGGCCCUCUGGUCAGGUACCUGGAUGUCAGAAAGACCAAUAAAAAAGAAUCUAUCAAUGAAGAGCUUCAUAUCCGUCUGAUGGAUCAUCUUAAAGCUGGAAUUGAAGAUGUGUGUGGGCAAUGGAGUCACUACCAAAUUAGAGACAAAUUUAAGAAGUUUGAUCACCAAUAUUUACGGAAAAUCCUCAUUCGAAAGAAUCUGCCCAAAUCAAGCAUUGUUUCUUUGUAUAAGAAGCUGGAAAUGAAACAAGCUAUUGAGAUGGUUGAGACUGGGAUAUUAACUUCUGCUGCUUUUUCUGCAGCCCAUCAGGCUCAGAGAGUACAAGGAACCAAACGGCUUUCCCCGGAAGAUGUGGAGUCCAUGCGGGACAUUCUGACACACAACAUGUACCAAGUUCGACAGAGAAACUUGUCCUACAAUAAAUAUAACCUCAAACCCCAAACAAGUGAGAAGCAGGCCAAAGAGAUCCUAAUCCGUCGCCAGAACACCUUGAGGGAGAGUAUGCGGAAAGGCCACAGUCUGCCAUGGGGAAAACAGGCUGGUACCAAAAACAUUCGCUACCUCUCCUUCCCAUACAGCAAUCCUCAGACUGCAAGGAGAGACCUAAGGGCUGCUGAGUCCACAGAUGACGACAGCAGUGGUCCAGAAUUCCGACCCUUCAUAUUCCCGGCACAUUCACGAUCAGGUUCGCUGCAGGAAAGGCGCCAGACACAAGACAUGAUCCCCAUGAUGACCCUGCAUGGAGGAGGAAAGGCUUUCAGCUACAGUCACCGAAGCAGCAGCAGCAGAGAGGGUACUGGCAGGGGCAGGAGUCUGGCUUUGCGGCCCAAGCCGCUGUUCCACGUGGACGAGGAGUAUGAAUCCGGAGAGCAGACAGAGGAGGAGGCCUCCGCAGAAGGGUCCAGAUGGACAGCCCAGCACAGAUACAGCAGGAAGCACCAGAAGUCUCACAGUCCUCUUCUCCAAAGAAAAUAGUUCCACUGUCAGCAAUAGCUCUGUUUCAGUGAGAGUCCUUCCUUCCACAUACCAUGUACUUGCAUGAUUGAUCACGGCUUACAUUGAUUAUAUGCAUGUGCAUCAUCAUUGGAGGGGACGGUGUAGUUCCCCCCGGGUUCAAAAUUAGGAACCCUGAAUCAGGGUCCCAUAGUGAGUUAUUCUCGCCACAAAGUUAAUGCAUUUGGCUUUGAUUUUGAUAAUCAGUAUACAAUAAUAUAUC